UGGUUGCAAACAAAUUGAGUAAAAGUGUGAGUGAAAUGUGCGUGUGCGUACACGCUCGCAGAAAGCCUAAUGGGUUGCAAGGGAACCAUGAAAAUAAACCAUGGAUUCGAAAUAAAAUAGAGGAAAACAACAAUUUAGUGCUUUUAACCUUUCUUAAUUUCUGUAAGAAAAGUGUUUACCUGUAACACAACAACCAAAAUGCUUCAACAAGAUCAACUACUAAAAGUUGAACGGCCCUGUCCGGAUCCAGACGCAAAGGCGGCUACCGUCGAAACAACUCCCAGCACCUAUCAGAUGCGACCAACAUUGGAACAAACGUUCAUGUCUGAGAAAAUCAAGCAGAUCAUUAAUACAGUUCUGACCGAUACCCUAGGCGUGGAUCCACAUGAAUCUUCAGUCCGACAGACUUUUGAUUUUGUAGGAAAAACUUACACGGCCGUGGAUGCAGCCCGAUGGACCAAAACGCUAGCCGACGACAUAAGCUUAAAAGUGAAGGAUCUGGAGAUGAAACGGUACAAGCAUGUGGUCCAGGUUGUGCUCGGUCAGCAGCUGGGAGCCGGCUGCAAGUACAUUGCCCGCUGCCGGUGGGAUGCCGAGUGUGACAAUCAAACGUCCGGCGAGUUCAAGAAUGCCACUAUCUUCUGCAUCGUGACCGUUUUUGGGCUGUAUUUGUACUGAAGCCGAAAGCGCACUCUAUAUACUAAGUUUGUCUUGCGUUUAUCGCUGUGUGUGAUUUUAGAUUUAGAUUGGCCCUUAUUCACUUAUGCAAUGCAUAGAAGAACAUCAUAUAGCUAUUAAUUGAACAAAAAUUUGAGCAGGCUGCAUCAGUAUAUGUUUAGAUUAUAAAGGCAUUAGCUUCGAAUAAAGCAUCACCAAAAGGGUGUUCGAAAAAAAGAUAACAACUAU